CGCCCCAUCAUAGUGUACCACAACCACACUACCACUUGUCUUUUCUCUCCCCGCUCGUGCUUCACCGGUUCCCGCGAUUUAUUUGUUGAUAUUGUUGACAUCUCCCGAUCGACGGACGAACCGACGAACGCGUUAACGACGACGGACCUACCGAAUGCAGAACUCUCGUGUUUUACUCUCUCAUUUUGUUAUCGGCUUCUCGAACGGCUUCUACGAUACGGAUCCAGCUUGUGCGUUUAGCGUUAUCGUGACAACGUCUCCGUCAGUCGUCCCACCGAAAACCGCAUCCAUGUAAUCCGAUUGACUGGUGGCGUGUUUCCCGGGCAACUGUGGCGUUCGAAGACAUUUGCACAACGAUCUUUGGACGCGUCCGUCCUGCUCAUCACACGUGAAUCGCGCGUUUCCUGCCGGAUAACGCCGCCGGCAUAUCCUGUAUUACAAACGAGUAUCAACAAUGGAUAAAUCGGAGAGAAAGAAAUCUGCUGGUUUAAAAGAAAUCAAUAAACCAGAACAACAUUUUAUUGGAUUUGAUAUUGAUGAUGAUGUAUUGAUAAUAAUUGAAAAUAAGAAAAAAUCGGUUAAAAUGGAACUAAGUAAAGAAACAGGUGAACCUAUGGAAGUAGAAGAGCCAUCCAUUGUUAAUAAUAAUCAUGUUAAUAAAAAGAAACAGUCUAAAUCAAGUAUAUCAUCACCAGAACCUAAUGAUGUUAAGAACAAUCGGAGUAAUAAGAGGCAUAAGAAAGAUAAUUUACGUGAUGCCGUAGAAUCUUUGGAAUUACAAGUUCCCCCUACUUUAGAACUUACUACUCCAACAUUCAACCUUACCUCUUCUAACACUAGAACACGCCGUAGUACGGGUAGAAAAAUGAAUGUUGAUAUCAGUGAUGCUAUUUAUAAACUUCCAUUUGAGCAUGGUUGGAAACGAGAAUUAGUAUACAGAACAUCAGGUGAAUCUACUAUUCUUAAUCGUGCAAAUAGAAGUGGUGAUGUAUACUAUUAUUCUCCGACUAACCGAAAACUUAGAUCAUUACGAGAAAUUCAGGAACAAUUGGACAUCUUAUCUGAUAAACAUCUAACCAUAGAAAGUUUUACAUUUUUAAAACAACCAAUUGGCAUGAAUGAUCGAUCUAAAGAACUUAUCAGAGAUGCAAAUUCUAAAUUAUCUAAAGAAGACUCUUUUGUUGGUGUUGCUGUUAGACCUAAAAAAUCUAAGACACCUGCACAGCGGCCACCAUUUGAUUAUGAAUUGUCAGAUGAUGAAAACAACAAGUCUUCAAAUAAAAUGAAAAUUGUUUUUAAAAAUUCUAAGAGCUCCUCUAGAUUGAGAUCUAAAAAAGGUAUUUCAGAAUCAAUGAAUACAACUUCAUCUACACCUGAAUACAUAUCUGAAGACUGCCAAGCUAUUCAAUCUAGUGCAUCACCAAAAGUUUCUUCUCCAAAACUUGAGAAAAUUGAUAUAAAUAAUACAAUAGUUAAAAGACGGUUGUCAACAUCAGAUGGUGAAGUCAUUAUGCAGACACCUUGUGGGAUACGGUGCCCAAAUAAUGAUGAACCUGCCACUUUAAUGUGUGCCCAAUGUCUGGUCUACUAUCAUCCAGCAUGUGUCAAUUUAAAUGCUAAUUUAAAAAUUGUUGGUUAUGUAUGUAUAAACUGUCGAUCUACUGUGCGACAAAGAAAUAGACGCGUACAGUCUUCUCAUACUGUGGUUGUUGGUGCUACUGAACCGGAACAACUACGUGUUGAACCAAUUCGUAUACGACAGGUGCAUCAAGCGUCAGACACACCUAAUUUUUUUAUUGACAGAACACCUAUUUCUAAAACUGAAGAAACGCAUUAUGAAAUUGAUGAAUAUAGUGAUAAUAGUGACUCUGAUAUAAUUAAUACAGUUAUUUGUCAAGGAAAUGUAUACAAAACUACAAUGGUUGAUGGUAGUUUUCAUGAGCAAUAUGUUUAUGAAAUGAAACAAACACGAGGACCCAGUUUAAUGACCUGUGUUAUUCAAGAACCUAAAAAUCUGGAUGAGAAUUCUGAAAUGAAUGGUUCUUUAAGAGAAAUUGUUACAUCUACUGCAUCCAUGCAAUCAGUCAAUUACAUGGUUAACUCAAUGAGACAUGUUUUUAAACAUUUGAAAACGCAUGAGCUGUUAUCAGCUUCUAGAGUAUGUACCGCCUGGCAUAUAAUUGCAAUGAAUAAAUACUUAUGGCAGAAUGUUCGUUUAAAAAAUUCUAUGGUCUAUGACUGGGAAAGAUUUGUAGACUCAAUUGAUCAACAAAGAACUGAUACAUUAGACACUAGACGUAUGUUGAUACCCUCUAAAGUUGAAGACUUCGAAAGUUUUUGGUUGCGAUUUGCAAAUGCAAUGAAAAGAGCAAAAAAGUUAAAAUUCAUUGAAUUGUAUAGAUGUCCUGUCAUUGUAGUUGAAGAUAUUAUUUACUCAUUACCUCAAAUUGAAGUACUUAAUGCUACUUCAAUAAAAAAUCCAAAUUUGACGAAAGAGACAAAGAAUCUCAAUGAUUUAAUGUACCUUAACUUAAAUUAUUUGGGACAAAUGACAAAGCUCACAGAGUUAAGACUAAAAGGUUUAACUGGAAUAAAAUUGACGGCACUACCAUCAUUUGAAAAUUUAAUACAUUUGAAUAGAUUUUCAUUAACCUCUAUUAAAGCAUUUCCAAAAGAGAUCUAUCAGAGUUUAAAUACUAUUACUGAUAAUAUUGAGUUUUUUGAAAUUGGUGAUUGCGAAUGCUUAACAAGGGACUUUGCUGUGUCACUAAAAAGAUUUGUCAAUUUGAAAACAUUGAGAUUAGAAAAUUGCUGUAAUAGAUGGGAUCAAUCUGCACAGGAUGUUUUUACUGUCAUUAGAGGUCUUGAAAAGCUCAAUGUUCUGGAAUUGAUAAACAUUGAAUUCAGUAAUAAUGUCGAAGAUGAAUUGGAAAAAUGUCAUGGUAUUAAAGCUUUACUGAUUAUUCCUGCUUAUGUGAGCCAAUCCGCAACUACUAACUGUCACCUGAUUGACUGUCUCAAGAAACUCUCCAAGACAUUAACGCACUUGGUUUGGGGAUUGACUCAUGAGUUACUCCGUGUUACAGACUUAUUUAUAACUCAAUAUCAACAGAACCAGCAUACAAUUGGUUAUAAUUUAGAAUUAUCCCAUACCAAAGAAACGACUAACAAUAUACCUAUACUCAGAACAAGAAAGCCCCGACAGCGACCAGGAGAUGAGGCUACUCUUGAAAAAGAAAAAGACAAGUCAGAUAAUGUUGAUAUACUUUCAGUUCCUGCUCUAGAGAAAUUGUUAGAUACUAUGAUGCCUGAUGCUAAGACUAAGGUAAUUAAAGUUCCCUUUUCUGGAACAGGUAGAGUUUAUUUGAGUGAACAGUUUAAUGAUCUUUAAAUAAAAUGUAUAGUAUUCAUUUGUUUCUUUAUAUGAGAAACCUUUUGCAAUAUAAUUCUAUUUUUUGUGACCAGGAAAAAAUUUUUUUUUUUGUACUUCAAGGUGGAGAUUUUAAUAACAAUUUAAAUUAUUAGUUAUAAUGUACAUGUAUUAUGUUUUUCUGUAUGUAUAAUAAUAACUGAUCAUUAAGCGUAAAUGUUAUCAUACAUUUAGUAGAUUUUUAAUUGUAAUAAUUUUAUUUCAUUUAUAAUUCAUAUUUUUUUUUUUCAUUUUGUAAAUAAUAUAAAUCUAUAAUUUGAAAAUGUAAUUCUUGCUAUUCAUUGUAUAGUAAAUUAAUUUUGAUUCAAAUCUAAAUAAAAUUAGGUUCAAGAACUUUUUAAUAAACAGUAAUAUUCUAUGUACUUUCAUGAAAAAUAAUUCAUGCCAUAUAGAAUCAUUUUUAUAACUGAAAUCAAUUGUCUUUAAUUUAGAUAUGAUUUUACAAUAAAAGUUAGUACAUCUUUUUGUUAUAAAAUAAAUAAUUGAAUUUAAAUAA